AUGGGUGGCGAUCUAAACCUAAAGAAGAGCUGGCAUCCUCAACUACUCACCAACCAGAAGAAAGUAUGGGAAGAAGAAAAGAGGGCACUGGAGGAGCGAAAACGCACUGACCAGAUGAUGAAAGAGAGGCAGGAAGAGCGCGCGAUCCAGGAAUUGCAGCAAUUACAGGAAGCAGCCGGUGGUCGAAAGCGGACCGCGCGUGUGGACUGGAUGUAUUCUGGUCCUGCUAGUGGUCAAGCUGGUACUACUGAAGAGAUGGAGGGAUAUUUAUUGGGCAAGAGACGAAUCGAUGGUCUGCUGAAGGGCACAGAGCACCAGAAACUAGAGAAAUCGUCGAAUGAGGAGGCGUUCAUGGCGGUGCAACAUGCAUAUACAGCCAGGGAUACAGCUUCAAAAAUACGAGAUGACCCAAUGUUAGCGAUCAAGAGGCAAGAGCAAGCUGCUUACGAGGCAAUGAUGAACGACCCUGUGAAAAGGAGACUAGUGCUGAAAGCUGCUGGCGCAGAAGAUAUGACAGUGUCAGAACGUGACCGGAAACGCCAAAAGCAUCACCAUCACCACCAUCGAAAUAGUGAAGAGAGGCAUCUGAGACGACGCUCUCGCCAAUACGACGAGGAUAAAGAGAGACACAGAUCAAAAAGACAUCACAGAAGAAGGUCAUACAGCUCCUCUGUCUCCAGAUCACCCGAACCCUCACCUCGAAGGUCGAGAAGAUCUCCAUCACCCUUUCGAAAUCGCCGUUCAUAUUCUCCUGAUCUCAGGAAGCGCUCCAGAUCACCAUACAGAGGCAAGCGGCAUGAGAAAGAGGUUCGAAAGAUGAAGAGCUGGCACUCCUCUGGUCCGACCUCACGUCCCCGCUCACGGUCUCCACAUUAUCAGCGGCAGCGCUCGCCACCAGCUGAAGACCAUCGUGCCUCCAAAUUAGCCGCAAUGCAGCAGGCUGCUUCAGAGUUGGAUCGAGAUCGUGAGAGGCGGCUUGCUGCUAUUGCUGCCAAGGACAAGGAAGAGGCAGAGAAAGAUGACGUAUUGCGCGCUCGAAACUCCAAGGUCGGAGGACGAGCUGAUUUUGUCAAUGGGCUGAACCGGAGAGUGAUUGGUGAGAUGGAUCUUGGAGAAAGAAUGGGUAGAGGCAAAUCUGGAAUGGAGCGUGAACAGGAAGCUUAUUGA